AGACAGACAGACAGACAGACAGACAGACAGACGGAUAUAGAUAAACAGACAGACAAAAACACAGACAGAUAGAUAUAGAUAGACAGACAGACACACAGACAGACAGACAGACACACAGACAGACAAAGACAGACAGACAGACACACAGACAGACAAACAGACAGACAGAUAUAGAUAGACAGGCAAACAGACAAACAGACAGACACAGAGACAGACAGACAAAUCCUCCUCAAGAUUUAAGUCACGCUGCGGUCAUACAUGACAGACAAACACGCACUGCCUUUACCAAACUACUGAACAUUGAUGAAAUGACUGCUGAACCUUGGGCACAGGCAACUCUCCCUGUGAGGUACGGUGGUUUUGGAAUGACCCCUGCGACCCAUCUUUCACCAAUAGCAUUUGCCUCUGGUUGGGCUCAUUCAUUCCAUGUGCUGCUGGAUCGAUUUCCAACCCUACAGCCUUUGGUAACCUCAGUAAUCAAUGAAACAACAUCAUCAAUAGCACAAGAGAACAGCAUUAGUCAUCACCUACAGCAGUCCCUGUGUCCAGGUCAGGCCCUAUCAGAUCUCCUCUGCAACACCAAAGGGCUUCAGCACAAUUUGACUGAAAAACAGACAAAACUCAAAGUUCAGGACAUGAUUGAAAGAUCUGCGACCAAGGAUGCAGCUCGUUUGAGAUCUCUUCAAGGGAGGGGAUCAGGAGCCUGGCUAGAUGUCAUUCCCAGCUCAAGAAAGCUUGCAAUUUCCCCUGGAUUGUUCCGCCUGGCAGCUUUAUUGAGGUUGGGUAUGCGUUUGCCAUUGCCUCUGUCAGCAACCUUAUGUGAUUGCGGCACAGCCUUAGAUCCUGAAGGAUAUCAUCUGAUUACUUGUAAGACAGGUGGGGGACCAGUUUGGUCUCAUAAUUCAAUAGUCUCCGCUUGGUCCGAGUGUUUGAAACGCGUGUCUCUUCCCCAUACCGUUGAGCCAAGAGACUGUUACAGCAGCUCUCAGUCCAGACCCGAUAUUGCCGUUUAUAAUGCAACCGACUUUAACGUUGAGCUCGACAUUUCCUUAGCCCACCCAUGGAGCACCGACAUAAUUUCAGUCGCAGCUACAACUGAUGGAUCUGCUGCUUCAAAAAGGGAGGGAAAGAAGAGAGAGAAGUACAGCAGAGAGACUCACACUAGUGGGGGUUCUCCAUGCCUAAUUCCACUGGUGUUUGAGCAUUAUGGCCGCUGGGGAAAUGCAGGAGAAAAGUUUCUCCAUCAAAUCUCUCUGCGAUCACGAGAUGAUGACGGCAAGCGGUGUAACAGUAUGGUUUUGGCGAAGAAGAUUGACAGAAUAGUGUGUAGAAAUGACUCCGUAGCUGGUUUUUACAGUUACCAGAGUGUACGUUAAGCUUUCAUUUCAUGACCCUUUGGGUCAUUUUUCUUGGACUCAUAGAUAGUGAUUUAGCGUUGACUGUAAUAGCGUUGAUGUUUACCAAUAGAUGUUUUUGACAGACAAACAGACAAAGACUGACAGACAGACAGACAAACAGACAGAUAGAUAGACAGACAGAUAUAGAUAGACAGACAAACAGACACACAGACAAACAUACAAACAGACAGACACACAGACAGAUACACAAACAGGUACAGACAGACAGACAGACACGAACAGACACACAGACAGAUAGACAGAUAGACAGCACACAGACAGACAAACAAACAAACAGACAACAGACAGAUGGAGAUAUGAAAGGCGAAAGUACAGGCACAUAAACAGAGAAAAGCAAUCUAAAUUAGCACUUAAGCAUGACCUUACGUUUUAGGUUAC